AGCAAAUUUCUACACAAGUACUAAACAGUAGUUUUAAACAGAGAAAGAGGAGGACAGCACAGCGUUUAUGUCAAACGUGAAACUGCACAAUCUUUGUUGUGCUCAUGGCAAAAAAGAAGAGUUCCUUAAUCUUAGAAAAAUGGGAUUCUGCACCAAUUGAACAGUCAUCCGAACCCAUUUUUAAAACCCCUUCUCCCUUUUGGAAUCAGGAUUUAAUAUUCAGAAGAUCUAGACAAGUACGGGAAUCCACACCUGAUGUUGUCACAGGUGGAUUUAACUUGUAUUCUUACAGCUGUGAUCUAGGCUCUGUCACGACCCCAGACCUCUCUUGUGUUAUAGGAGCAAAUCCAAUCCACCCUUUACAGAGUCUGAACUCUGCUAGUAGGAGAUAUCUACCACCUUCAUCAAAAUUACUUGUCACUGACCCAAACAUGCUGCACAGUCUUGGAAGAAGUACUUCAUACUGGAAUUAUUUGACUCCAGAAGUAGGACAUGGACCUGUCAAAGGUUUCAGAAAGCUGGAAAAUCCACAAAUCGACCCAUUGUCAGCUUCAUAUUUUUAUAGAGGGGUUGUUAGGGAUACGCUAAGAAGAGAUAUUCCAACUGAGGAAGUCAAAUCAUGCAUGCAGAAAGAGAGACCGAGAUAUUCACAUUGGUACCACGAACCGCAAAAUCAGAGAAUCUGCUCCAAAAGAGAUCAUGAGAGACAUUACGUGAAAAACAACCCACUUCUAGGUUCUUUAUUACAUACAGAUUCUAAUAGAGAAUAUUUUAAACACAAUAUCGAGUACAACCAUCACCAGCAGCUCGAUUUGAACCACUCUACUCAUGAUGUGCCUGAAGAACCAAAGCGGGAAAGUGAAAAGCAAAAAAGAGAGGAGCUCCCCCUGCUGGUCUGGAGAGAAGAAGCAGAAAAACACAAUCAACAAACGAACACUAGCACACACCCUAAAUCCUCCUCUUCUGCCCUGAGGGUUCUCCAUCGCUUUGCAGAAGGCUCUUUGGUGGAGCUUGAGGGCGGUCGACUGAAGCGGGUGGAGGAUUUAAGGAUGGAUGAUUUGAAAAGGUGUGCUCAAUUACAUCCUGAGCUGACGCUGAGGCGUUUCACUGUGUUGAAGAUGACACCUUCACACACGCCAACGCUCUCAUGUUUACAUCUGGAGAUUGAGCACGACCAUUCACAGUUGUCUCUGGAGGUGAGUGAAGGGCUGCCUUUCUUCGUUUGUGGGCAUGGCUGGUCCUCCUGUAACCCUCGACACACAAGUCAAACCUGCAGACUACAAUGCCGUCAACUAAAGGUGGGCGAUGUGUGCCUGGCACUAACGCAUUUGCCCACCUCAUCCUCUCAGCCUGCCAAUCAGAGCCUAGCUGAAGUGGGUGGAGAUCACACAGUCCCAAAGUUUCAUGCCGAAACCAACCCCACACUGCAGAAAAAGCAUAAAUCAAGAAAGAGACACUUCACAGCUCCUGAACUCAGGGAAAUUUCCAAGGUACACCACACCGAAGACUGAGCAGCUAAAGGCUAAAUCAUUUACUGUAGAAUUAUAACAAAACAAAAC